UCUACAUAGGCCGCAACACGCCAGACGCAGUUCGCGGACGCAAAGAAAACGCAGUACGUAUUCGCGCCAGACGCAGUUCGCAGAUGCAAAGAAAACGCACAGCAUUAAGUUUGUGUCAGUUCGUAGAAAAGAAAAAACGAAGACGAUGGUGGGUCCGACCGAUUAAUCGAACCCGGUCGAAAGAAGGACAUUAUGAUACAAUAUUCGCGUACAUGAAGGAUCAUGAUCACGAAGAAUUUUACGAAUUCACUCGUAUGUGGCCGCAUAAAUUCGAGCAGUUAGUUGAACUCGUGUCACCAUUCUUGCCAAAUGCUCAAAAUUGCAUAAGAAAACCUUUACCUGCUGGUUUACGUAUUGCUUUAACACUGUCUUAUCUUGCUCAUGGGAAUGCUGUGCGAACGCAAUCUUGGGACUACCGGGUAGGAAGAUCUACAGCUUAUAAAAUUAUUCCAGAAGUGUGUGAGGCUAUAUGGAGUGCUCUUCAUCCUACAUAUCUCCCAGACAUGAAUCGAGAAAAAUGGGCCAAAGUGGCUGAGGAAUUUUACUUAAAGUGGCAAUUUCCUAACUGUGUUGGAGCAGUAGACGGGAAACAUAUAAAAAUACGUUGCCCUCCAAAUUCUGGAUCAGAAUAUUUUAAUUAUAAACAAUAUUUUAGUAUUGUUCUUAUGGCAACUUGUGAUGCACAAUUUAAAUUUACUUGGGUUGACGUUGGUCAAUACGGAUCUAUAAGUGAUGGUGGUGUGUGGAGUAGGUCUAAAUUUGGAACAGACUUUGAACGUGGAUAUGUUGAUCUCCCUCCGCCUAAGAAUUUACCACAAACAAAUAUUCCGAUACAUCAUGUAUUUGUAGGAGACGAGGCCUUCCCAUUAAAAAUGUACUUAUUACGGCCAUAUAACAGAAAGGACUUAGGAGAUGCAGAGCGAGUUUUUAAUUAUCGCUUAUCCAGAGCUAGAAGAGUGAUUGAGAAUAGUUUUGGGAUACUGGUUUCUCGUUGGCAAAUAUUAACAAGAACUAUAUGUUGCACCCCCGACAAUGCUACUGACAUAAUUAAAGCAUUAGUUUGUUUGCACAAUUAUAUCAUGACUGCAGAAGAGCAGCAUGUGAUGCCGUAUGCAAGAACGUAUUGUCCAUAUGAUUUGAUUGACCAUGACACUCUUGAUCAUGACGAAAUUUUAGGUAAUUGGCGUAACCAAACAGGGUUAGGUACUUUUACAGAUUUAACACGAAUAGGUGCCAAUAAUGCUCGUACAAAUGCUACGCAACAGAGAGAUGUAAUAAGGGAUUAUUUUGUAUCUCCACUUGGUGAGCAAGAAGCUCCUUGGCAGUACUGAUUUGCAUUCAG